AGACUUCUUGCAAAUGAUGACGAAAAAAAUAAGGCUGUUAUAGAAGAGAUUAAAUAUCUGAAAAAAUUGUCAGGACAUCCAAAUAUCAUCCAGUUUAUCACUGCUGCUGCUAUAGGUAAAGCUCAAUCAGAUCAUGGCCAGUCAGAGUAUCUGCUGCUGACAGAAUUGUGCUCAGGAGGUCAACUUGUAGAUGAGUUAAACAGACGAGGAAGACCAUUAGAAUUUGAUCAGGUUCUGCGUGUGAUUUACCAGACAAGCAAAGCGGUUCAGCAUAUGCACAAACAGCAACCUCCUGUCAUCCAUCGAGAUUUGAAGGCUGAGAAUCUUCUGAUCAGCGGUCAGGGAACCAUUAAACUCUGUGACUUUGGCAGUGCCACAACUGAAACCUUUCAUCCAGAUACUUCUUGGUCAGCUAUCCAGAGAAGUUUAGUGGAAGAUGAGAUUGCAAAAAAUACAACUCCGAUGUACAGGGCUCCUGAAAUGCUGGACUUGUACCAGAACUUUCCUAUCAACCAAGCUUGUGAUAUUUGGGCACUAGGAUGCUUGCUUUUCAAGUUGUGUUUUUAUGAUCAUCCAUUUCAAGACUCUGCCAAACUGCGCAUCCUAAAUGCUAAUUAUGUCAUCCCAGAGUCUGACCAGGAAUUUGAUCUUUUUCAUGACCUCAUACGAGGUAUGCUGCAAGUGAAUCCUGAAGACCGACCAACAAUCAGUGACGUCUUAGACAGAUUGCAGGAAAUAGCUCAAGCAAAGAAUAUCAGUUUAAAGCAACCAUUGAAUUUUCCAAGCAUGUCUUACCAGUCACCCUCAGUAACUCCUGAGAGACGAGCAGGCUCUGGCAACUCAGUACCUGCCAGUGAUAGUGGGCCUGGAGCAAGUUCUGCCGCAGGUGCACUCUUUAAUUCCCUUAAAGGAGGUGCAGGCAGUAUGUUCAAAAAUAUCAAAGAUGCUUCCAACCGAGUCAUGGAGACAGUCACUAACACUAUUACCAAGACAGAUUUGGAUAUAUCCUACAUUACAUCACGACUCAUUGUAAUGUCAUAUCCAGCAGAAGGAGUUGAGUCUGCCUUUAAAAACAGCAUUGAUGAAGUUCGGAACUUCUUGGAAUCGAAACAUAGGGGUAGCUACGCAGUAUACAAUUUAAGCCAAAGAACAUACAGAGGUGCCAAGUUUGAGAACAGGGUGUCAGAAUGUGGAUGGGCACCCAAGAAAGCACCACCACUAACAAACCUGUAUGCUAUCUGCAAAAAUAUGCAUCUGUGGCUGCGGCAAAAACCAAAAAACGUCUGUGUUGUGCAUUGUUUGGAUGGAAAAGCCAAUUCUGCAUGCGUGAUUGGAGCUUUCUUGGUAUUUUGUCGAUUGUUUGAGAAUGCAUCUGCUGCCAUGCAUUUGUUCAUUGCGAGGCGUUCCAUACCUGGUAUCUCCCCAUCCCAGAAAAGGUACAUUGACUACAUUGGUCAGAUGGUGGCAGAUGAACCAGUAUUUCCUCAUGCUCGUCCUAUUCUUAUUAAAGGAAUAACACUGAGACCACUUCCAUUGUUCAACAAAGUGAAGAAUGGCUGUACACCAUUUGUGGAGGUCUAUGUGGGUGAAGAGAGAGUCCUAACUACAUCCCAGGAGUAUGAGAAGAUGAGACAAUUUACUAUAGAAGAUGGUAAAGCUGUGAUACCUCUAGGCACUUCUGUGAUUGGAGAUGUGACCAUUGUAGUUUAUCAUGCUCGGUCAACUUUUGGUGGCAAAAUUCAAGGCAAAAUAACUCCAGUGAAGAUGUUCCAAGUACAGUUUUUUACUGGCUUUGUCCCUGAAGGAACUACAGAGCUUCAGUAUCACCAAUAUGAGCUGGAUCAGCUUGACACUUCAGAAAAAUAUCCAGAAAUGUUUACCGUAAUCUUAGACGUUACAGUUUCUUCAAGUGAGAAGAGUUAUGGAGAUAGACGUCUGCCAUGGGAAAAUUUCCCAGCUGAGAAACUCACACCAAAAAUCCUAUUUUCUUCUAAAGAAGAAGCUCAUCAGAUCUUCUCUGAAUUUGGUGUUUCUGAAACAGCCAAGAGUCGACUGAGUCGAGCCUCCAGCUUUGAUACAGACUCAGUCAGAGAUUCACCCAGUACACCGAACAGGCAACCAAAUCAACAUCAAGGGCAACAGCAGCAAAAGAAAGAUGAACCACAAAUCCCGUCAGCUAAUGGAAAUGCAGGAGGAAAUGACAAUUUCUUUUCCUCACUGCAGUGGAGUAAUGACACUGCUGAGGGAAGUCAUCAUGCCGAGCCAUCAGAAUCACAUUUGGGGCUUCUUAACAAUGAUUCUGAUGAAGAUGACAAUUUUGCUCACCUUAGGCAAGAUGCCAGUGUCAGUGAAGUGCCUGCUGGUUAUGAGGCUGUUGCCGAUGUUUCCAAGAGAAAGGAUGACAGCUCAGCAGAUCUCUUCAGCAGUGAAUUCAGUAGCCAGGAUUUCACUAACAAAGAUGAUGAGGUGGAUCUUUUCAAUAUAACCAGUGACAAAUCAUAUUCUGACCAAGUAGACUUGCUGAACAUUGGCGGUGAUGCUUCUAAUUUUGAUUUACUCAGUAGGCAUGACUCCAGUCAGAAGUCUACAGGUGCUCGUGAGCCUGAUCUUUUGGGAAUGUCUGCAGCAGAUGAUACAUUUGAACCCUUCCAGCAAUUUUCUGCAGGUCCUGCAGUGACACCCACCAAACCAGACCUUAUGACAUCACUUGAUCCAUCUUCGGGCAACACUUUUGAUCCAUUCCAGAACUUCCCCAGUGACAGUCAGUCAGGUAACACAGCUUUUCCAGCACAGACUAGUUCUUCACAAAAUGCGAAGCCUCCCAGCACAGAUGAUGAUUUCUUAGCCUUCAUGGAAGGCACACAUUCAUCAGGCAAAGAUGACGAACCAGACUUAAUGACGAAUUGGACUGCAUCAAGUAUAAAAAAUGUCCGUCAACAAACUAGUGCAUUCACAGCCACCAGUAACUUAAGUCCUGGUUUUGGAAGCAUGCAUAAAAGUGCUAGUACUGGCUCAGCCAUGAAUUUUAGCAGCAUGUUGGAUGCCCAGGGAGGUCGGAGUUCACCGCAGUCAGGACUUCUGGGAAUGGGCAGUGGCUUAGGUCAGAUGCCCAAGACUGAUCCAUUUGCAGAUUUAGCAAAUUUAGGAAACAAAAGUUCUUUUAAAGGCUCUGGAUCAAACUUAUCACAGAAAACACAGCACAUGGGGAUGGGAGGACCAUUACCAGGUUUUCAGCAAAGUUGGAGUCAGGGACCGGCCGGUUUUCAGGCCCCUUUUGUGAGUCCACAAGCGAAGCUGCCACAACAACAGUCACCACAGCACCGACCACCACCACAGCAGCAGCAGCAAGCAUCUACAAAACAGAACUUUCCCAGUGUCAUAGGGGACCGUGCUGACAGAGGACCCAGAAAAAACUUUGGACCAAAGCCUAAAGUGUCAGCAGAUACUUUCAAUGAUUUACUAGGGGAACAGUUUACAAGUCGCAAGGACAAUGAACCCAAAACUCUGGGAGACAUGAAGAAAAAGCUGUUGGUUGAGGAAAUGGAUCCAGAUAAACUGAGGGUGAUGGACUGGAUCAAAGGAAAAGAAAAGAAUAUCCGUGCUCUUCUGUGUUCACUAGGCUCAGUUCUAUGGGAUGAGGAGGAACGUUGGCAACCAAUUGGCAUGCAUCAACUAGUGACCCCUGAUCAAGUGAAAAAGGUUUAUAGAAAGGCUGUUUUGUCUGUACACCCAGAUAAGCUGACAGAUGAUCCACACCAACCGCUGGCAAGGAUGAUUUUCAUUGAGCUGAAUGAUGCCUGGGCAAAAUUUGAAGAAGAGGGCUGCAAACCGUUAUAUUAG